CAACCAAAGGAAACACUCAGUGUUUACGAAUGCGAUGCAGACAUCACAUCAAAGUCGAAUACUUAAUUGAUAUUGGUGGAAAAUAUUGGGGAUUCUGAAGUUGUUGUGUGUAACAUUCUCGUGGACCAUUUUAAAUUUUGGAAAAUGGAUUGAAGCAUUGAAUAUAAAAAUUAAUAAUAUGGAAAAAUUUUUGAGUACUGUGCCAGGUUUAAAAUACCCAACCGGACGAAAAGAUUUUUUGAAAACAGGCCACGGUUUUAUAGAAGGUAGAAGAAUUGACGAUGGAGCAGAAGGUCUCUGGAGAAUUAGAAAUGGAUUAUAUGAUCUUGGAAAAUGGGUUAAAAUACAUCCAGGAGGUUCAGAAUGGUUAACAUUGACAAAGGGAACUGACAUUACUGAAGCAUUUGAGACGCACCACCUAACUGAUAAGGCCGAAAUUCUACUGCCCAACUUUUAUGUUCGUGAUGCUGUGACUCCCCGGUCAGUCCCUUUAACAUUUUUUCCUGAUGGAUUUUAUCAACAAUUCAAAAGACGAGCAACCAAUGCCCUCAAGGAUGUAGAUUUUCACCGACCAGCGAAACAGACGAACAUAAUUGCCGAUUGUCUUGCUGCUACUACAAUUUUUUCUUGCUUGUUGGCCACUAGAUUCUGGAUACCAACUCUUAUUGCUGGCGUAUUUCUAGCAUGGACAUCAACUGCAGGACACAACUAUCUUCAUGCAAGGGACAAUUUUCGAAUGUACUAUAUGGAUUUAUCCUUCCUGUCUACGAGAGAAUGGCGAAUAACGCAUGUAAUGAGCCAUCACAUGUACACAAACACGAUUUGGGACCAUGAGAUUUAUGCUUUGGAGCCGCUUUUUCAAUGGCUGCCAACCAAGAACAAAUCCCGAUUUAGGGGAUACAUAAGCGGUCUCAUUACUCCUUUGGUCUACACUCUAGCAAGUUUGGCUCAAGGCUUCAAGAGAUACUAUCUUGCUUUCUGUGUUUGGAAGAAGGUUGAAUUCAGGGACUUCGUCCCCUUCAUUCCUCCUAUCUUGAUGUACCUUGUCGCACCUACUUUAGCAACAGCUAUCAAAACUUGGAUGAGUAUUAUCCUCUUGAGCAGUGUUGUUUUCCAUUUUGUUGGAUUUAAUGCUGGUCAUCAUCAUCCUGAUAUAUUUCAUGAUGGUGACAUUUGCAGGUAAGGAGAUAAAUGCAACCUAAA